ACCAAACGCGCUUUUCGCAAAAGCUACACAGGCAAAUGAAGCGCUUGCCGUUGACAAAGUGCUUAAAGAAAACUCCAUGCGAACAUCACAUUCGUCAUCACCCUAACAUUCACCAGCAAACAUCGUUGUUCGCGGACACUUCACCAUCUCAGAUCGUUCAACAGUCUAACGCGAUUCGCGUCCAUCCACCAUCAACAAUCAACUACUCAAACUUACGAAAUCAACAACAUCAGCUAUCCUAAUCUACGGAGCCGAAUCGCAACGGCAUCAACAAAUUACUCGAGCACGACGAAAAAGAAGAACAACAACUCACCGGCGAUGACGACGGGAGGACGGAUCGGCGACGGCUACGAAUGGAUCGGUUUUGAUGUGUCGCCGCGUUCUUCUUCCUUCUGUUUCAGUGCUUGCAAUCUUCUUGAAUUCGGUUAGAAUUUCUCCUUGCCGCGAGCUUCGCCUCCACUUGUAUUCAAUGCUCUUCUUCUUCUACCUUUCUUGGAGUGAUUCUGGUGAGACGUUGAUCGUUGGUGGCGAAGGUGUCGUGAAUCGGUUACGGUGGUUGAAGAUUCUACGAGGAUGAUCGGAGGUUGGUACAGUGAAUGUGGUUGAAGAACCGAGGUGGAAGAGGAGGUUGAAGUGGUGGCUUAGCUCUGCCGUGUGGAGCUUCGAAUGAUGAAGCUCCCACAACAAUGGAGGAUGAGCGUGUACUGAAGGUGAGGAUUGAGUGCAGAAGCUUCUGGGAAUCAGGGGAAAAUCGUUCGAACCCAAUGAUUGGCAAUGAUCGCAGCUUAUAUAGCACAAUCCCAAGGGCAAAUUGGAGAAUUAAGUAUGAAUCAUCCAGCUGGCACCUGAGUGAACGAGAAGUCUGUGCAGGUUUUUCUUUGCAUCAAGACUUCUUGAUAUGGUUAUGUGAAUCUGGCUCAGUGUGGCUUCACGGUGAUCUCGCUUUGUGGAGAACACAUCUACCAUUCAGCAUUGACUUCGUCUACGGAAUACUCUGCUCUGUAGCAGACACUCAGCGCAGUAUCAUCCCAGCAGCGUGAUUUUUCUUGUUGUAGGAUUUAUUUCUGGAAGGUCAACUGUCAUGAAGCCGUUCCGCUGCAGCUGUAAAGCAUAUUGUGUUCAUGCUGUUCGUGUAUUACCUCAGUUCAUGCUCGUGGCAAGUGAUUCUCUGAUGUGGACUUCAUGCUUCUGCUUAUGGUCUUGUUGUACUGUGAGUUAUCCAAUACUCUGACUUAAUUUUCCUUGCAGUUACAACUUCAAUAUGCUAAACCAGGUCAGUCCAGAAUUCACUCUUGAGCUGAUUAUACC